AGUUAUUUGGUACUGAUAAGAUUAUAACCAAUUUCAUGAAGCACGAAGCGGCAGUGAUAAGAUAUGCAUAAAAUGAUUUUGCUGCCUCGAAAGCGUUUUCAGUAAGUGUUUAGAUUCGAUUGUGUUGGCUACUAAUUAUCACGCAUGAAAAUGAAAAGUAACUGGCUAUCGACUAUUAUAUUAGUCGUGUUUUGUACUUCUCUAGCAACAGCGGCUGACAACUCCACGGAGAAAAAAGCCAAUGCUACUACUGAAGCGGCGACACCUGCGCCGAAGAUAAAUGUUAUGAAAAGUGAUCUGUGCAAAAAAUGCACCUGCUUAAGCAAUCCCGAUUACUCGCAGAUCGAUUGUAGUCAAAGCAAAAUGAAUCUGCUCUUCAGCGAUGACGAAUGGAAUAUUCUACAAAAUGGCGAUGUCACUUUCGACAUUAUAAAGUUUGAGCACAAUAAUAUUACGAAUCUUACAGGCUUUCCCAACUAUCCAGUUAAAAAUUUAUAUUUAGGUUUCAAUCAAAUUGAAACCAUUGCCAAGUCCGCUUUCGCUAAUCUUACAGAACUGGCUAAAUUGGAUUUGUCACAUAAUAAAUUGAAACUUAAAACAUUGGAUCCCGAUAUAUUUCGAGGCGCCUACGAUGUACAUGACUUUUUGCCUUUAGGCAAAAUGAUUGAAUUGGAUUUAGGUUACAAUGAUUUGCAUAGCUUGGAUUCGGGUGUUUUUGAGCAUUUACCACAUUUAGAGACUUUGAUAUUGUCCGGCAAUACAUUUCAAGUGGUCGAUCACAAUGCAGCCGUAGCUAUUUCGGGCUUGUUAUCUCUGAAGACCUUGGACAUGUCAUUCAUGGAACUAGAGGAGCUACCCGAUUAUCUGUUUCACGGACCACGUGAUUUGGAAACCAUCAUUUUAACCGGCAACCUGUUCGAUGAGCUGCCAGAUGAUUUGAACUUGGCGCCAAACCUACGUGAGUUGGUACUCGACGAAAAUCCUAUCGGCAAUUUGACGGGAGAUAACGUAUUUCCAACUCUACCGCUUUUGAGGUACUUGAGCAUGUCUUAUAUGCCAGAUCUAGAGGAAAUCGGUGCCGGCGCAUUUGCGGAGUUGCAGAACUUAACUACUCUAAUCUUGGCGAGCAAUCCGAAAUUGAGCAGAAUCGAUGUGAGAGCAUUUUCGAAGAACACAACAAACCCGGAAAUAUUGUCUUAUCCACCAAUUGAGAAGCUGCACAUUCACAAUAACAACCUGACAGCUUUGGAGCAUAAAUUAUUCGAACGUUGGGACAAAAUAACCGAACUGGAUUUGCGCUACAACUACUGGACCUGUGACUGCAGCAAUCGUUGGCUCAUUGAAGUUUUGAUGGUGCAAAUAAAUAACACCACUCCAUUGUGGACACACGAUGUCAAUUGCUAUGUGCCGACAGCUUUACGAAGUGUACCGCUCAUACAACUUGCCACGGAGGAGAAUAGUUUAAAAUGUAGCGUGGGUGGUAGUAGUUCGAAUGUGGGUCUCUUCUUAAUCGGCCUGAUUGUUGGCAUUUUAUUGUGUGUCCCAAUAUUGCUAGGGUCUGUUGCACUCUGGCGUCGUGGUUGUCUGGGUUUGAAUCGCAGCAACUAUGGCGCUAACCGUUCAUUAUACAAUCGUGCCAAUUUCAACGAUGAAUUACACAUCUAAACCACGGUUUAUUUUAAAGUUAUUUUUUUUUACUAGUUUUUAUUUUUUGUAAUAUAUUGUGUAUCUUUAUAGGAAAUGUACAUACAAUAUACAAUCGUCUGAAGUCAUAAUAUUAAUAAAGUUAUUUUAUCAGAUGCUUUAAUUUAAAUAAAA